UGUCUCUCUGCACCUCUCUUUCAACACUCAUAAUCAAAAAAAGCAUAUCCUAAGUGUGUUUGUUAACUUGUCCAUCCAUCUAUCAAUCAAUCAGUUCAAUCAAGAGACCAAUCAUCAAUACCGAAUAUAAUCUAUCAUAUCAUGUCCUCCUCUUCUUUAUCCUUGGACCACCUCCCUCCUUCCGAGCAACUUUGUUAUGUUCACUGCAACAUUUGUGACACCAUCCUUGCUGUGAGUGUUCCUUGCACAAGCUUGUUCAAGACUGUUACUGUCAGAUGUGGUCACUGCACUAAUCUUCUCCCUGUUAACAUGCGUGCACUGCUUCUUCCAUCUCCUAACCAGUUUCAUUUUGGACACUCUUUCUUCUCCCCAACUCAUAACCUUCUGCAGGAGGAGAUGCCAAACCAAGUUCCUAAUUUCAUGAUGAACCUCACAAACACACCAAAUGAGUUCUCUAUGCCUCCUAGGACUGUUGCUGAUGAGCUUCCAAGGCCUCCUAUCAUAAACAGACCUCCAGAAAAGAGACAGAGAGUUCCUUCAGCAUACAACCGCUUCAUCAAAGAUGAGAUCCAACGCAUUAAGUCUGUCAAUCCUGAUAUUACUCACAGGGAAGCCUUCAGUGCAGCUGCCAAGAAUUGGGCCCACUUUCCACACAUUCACUUUGGUCUCAUGCCUGAUCAGACUAUGAAGAAGACAAAUGUGUGCCAGCAGGAAGGAGGAGAUGGUGGUCAGGCUCUGAUGAAAGAUGGCUUUUAUGCUUCUGCUAAUCUCGGUGUUUCGCCAUACUAAUAUGCAUCAAUCUUUGUGUGGAUGAAAUCAAGACUUAAUAUAGUAUAAUGUUGUUGUCACUAGUUUGAUCUUUUGUGAUUUUGCAUGCAUGUAAUUUGUUUGUUUUUUUAAGUUAUGGAGUUUUAUGUUGUUGAGUUUUCCUAGUUGUAAUGUAAUGUAGCUGAUUACUUAUCUAAUCAAUAAAUAAUUAGCUUUGUUUUCUCGUUAUAA